CUUGUACAAAACUGACCCCCGUCGGAGCACCGCCAUCGGAUGCGACGGAGACGGCGUCAAUGGCGUCCUCAUCUGCUGUCGAGCCCAGUUUCCGCCUCUCUGAUCGAGAGAGGAGGUCAUCGCUGGGACUCAGAUUCACGGUGCUCCUGAUGCACGUCAUGUUCGUUGGCGCUGUCUUCAUCCUCGAUCCGACUCUCGACUGGCGAAUCCACGAGGAGCCGUGGUAUAUAGGGUUGUAUGGAGUGCUGGUUCUGCUCACGCUAGUGCAAUACUUCUACACAGCUGGCUCAUCUCCAGGGUAUGUUAUUGAUGUAAUGAGAGCUGGUUCCAUGAUGCAUGCAACCUUCGUCAACACUGCUGCUCUUUCAAAGCAGUCAAAUUCAAGAAAUGGAAACACAAAUUCUCCAACGAGUCAUGCUCAACUACAGAAACUUAGCGCGAUGACUCCUACAUCAUGGGCACAGAUGGUUGUGGAUCUUUAUCCUCCAGGGUCAAACAGCAGGGAUUGGACUUGCACUCACUGCAGGGUUGUUCAGCCACCUCGUACUCGGCACUGCCAUGACUGUGAUAAAUGCGUCCUUCAAUUUGAUCAUCACUGCAUAUGGCUUGGAACAUGCAUUGGCAAAAAGAACCAUUGUCGUUUUUGGUGGUACAUAUCUGAAGAAACAAUCUUGUGUAUCUGGACUGCUGUUCUCUACAUUGAGUCAUUGCGUUUAGAUGUCGACAAGGCCUGGUGGAAGGAUUUUGUCGGUGUGAUCCUGUUGGCAGUGCUUAUCUUUAUCCUGAUAUUCCUACUACUAUUGUGGUUGUUUCAUUCGUACAUUGCUGUAACAAAUCAAACAACCUACGAAGUUGCCAGAAGGAAGCGAAUAUUCUACCUAAGGGGAGUACCUGAAAGAGUCCACCCAUUCAGUAGAGGCAUAUGCAGAAAUCUCUAUGACUUCUGCUGUUCUAGCCAGAAGGGAUAUAUUCUGGAAGCUGUGCCCCCAAGGGAGGAGCUGGAAGCUAGAGCUGCUCGUUACACGUGCCGAGACGUCAUUUGCUGCCGUUGCUGCUGAUAGCUGUACUACCAUAGCAUUGUGCCCAUAUAGCCAGUUCCACUGUUCUUUGUUCAAACCUUUCGUUAAUGGAAGCAAAUUUUAGUGACCUGCGGCCGUUAGUGAACUCUCGGAGUUCACUAUUUGUGCAUAUGUCAUUUAAACAGUGAGAAAAAUGUGUGCCCUUUGGUCCAGCUGUUCACAGUUUGUCUGUAAAAUUCUGUGUGGCCUUGCAUCCAAAUAGGUUUUCAGGACAGGUAGAAUUGAUCUGCACAUUCGAGGUCUGGUUGGUAAUUUCGGAAUUUAGUCUACCGUUUUAAAGCCUUUCUUAUUUGUGUUACUAGCGAAAUAUUUUAUUUAUCUUGAUAGGUUUUUGUAACGUUGUACUGAUACAUCAUGUGGUACUAUUUGCAUAAUUUGUUGUUUCGGC